CAUUUAACUUCAUGGUUUUCGAGGAGUUCGGAUCCUCGUUUGGCCGAUACGAAUGGACGGCACACCCAUGGGAUUCGCCGAAAGGGCUUUAUGACUAUGUCAGCUCCGUUGUCACUCCUCGCUUGGGCAGCGAGGAGAUUCUUCGGGCGCUUUCUUUGUAUCAGAUGCCGGAUGAGGAUUACGUUAAGUUGCAAGAGGCGGGAAAGCUGGAACCCAUUCAGCUGCGAAAGACUACGACUUUGCUUCUUGACCCUGAAGCACCACUGUGGAAGAUAGGACUCCCGAACCUCAUAUUCGCAUUCACUGCGAGACGGAAGCUCCAUAUUCCAUAUGCCUUGUUUGACGGACGACCUAAUUCCUAUCAGUUUGUCCAUCGGGGCGAUGUUGAGGCAACUUCCGAAGAUCCUGUAAAGUUUCUCCAUGAGGGAUUCCGCCGAUCGAUUAGGCCUAAAAUUCCACUGGGGACCAGUGACUAUCGUAUUCAUGUUUAUGAGCCAAGAGAAGAACCAAGCAGCUUACAGGAUCUAAAAUUGGAUGACAACUUCUUUCACAAAAGCUGUCGUAUUUUCUCCCCAGGGAAGAAAUUGUCAGAGUGGGAAGGCCGAAUGCUCUUAGUCAUUUUUCAGAUCCAGUCCAAGUCUGGUCUGACUAGUCUUGUGACUUGUUUUGAUGACAUGCGUCUGGUAAAUGAGGCUCCAUCCACUAUUGCCAAAAUCGAAUCCUACCGCAGUAUCCAAUGCAACACUCAGCAAAGGAUCUUGGAUGAUCGCCCUGGAAAGGACAAACUCAUUGCACCUAUAUCUCUCCUAUACCAGCCCUUUGGAUACUUUCGUGACAUUCGCUGUGGACUGGAUGUCCCUGGAGAGAAGGAUUUCCCUGAAGAUAAACUGAAGGAAGAUGUCAAUGCAUUUGCAAAUGAAAUGACUGGGUUUUUUGACAAUGAAGAUGAAAGACGUUCCAAAUUCAUCAAGUUUCUGGAGCCCAUUUUAAAAACCCCUCCCAACUCUAUCAAGCCCAACAUAUUAUCUGGCAGCCGAAAGAGGUCAGAUGGCCACCUGGAUGGAGAGCAUGGAGCCAUGGUAAUAUGUAUAGAGUGCAAGAAUGAGUUGUCAUCUGCAACUUGUGAGCCCAAUGCUCAGCUUGCCGCUUAUAUUGCCACUUCAUUUGCAGGGCAAGCUGAAGAAAAACCAGAGCUCUUCCAGAGGUGGAGGGUGCCUGCCUUGGGAGUGAUACAUGUUGGACCCACCAUCCAAUUUUUUGGGGUUGUCUGGGUAGGGCAAGUGCGUGUCAUACCCUUGACACCAUCACUUCCCCUGACAGACCCAACUGGUGAAGACUUCCGAUGGGACCUCCUCCUAGCAUUUAAGGCUGCUGCUCUUGUUUUCUCAAAGAUCAAAUCUGACAUCAAAGACUUCCUCCAAGUGCUCAGAGGCCCCCUUAACUUGUGGCCCCACUCAAUGACCAUUGAGAUGAGCCGCUACCCAAGUGUGACUGAAAUUAAUGUGUUUCCUGAACAGGGAUUGGAGAAAAUUGAGUUCAUCCUCAAGUCACGAUUUGAUAACUUCGAACACCGGCACCUGUACCAUGCUACUCUAGUUUCAUCAAACCCAUUGGAUAAAGCUAUAUUUGUCAAGUUUUCACAAACCUACUUCAAGGACCUGCAUGCUUUCUGUGCAUCAAAGGGGCUUGCCCCCCAGAUACUUGGGUUCCAACAGUUACAUGGGGGAUGGUAUGCCGUGGCAAUGGAGAGUAUCAAUACCAAGGAUCACAAGCACAUCAAGCCCUCCCUUCCAUGUGCUCAGGAGUGGAAGGAGAGUAUUUGCAACCUGGUCAAUGCCUUCCAUGAUAAAAAUUGGGUCCAUGGUGAUCUACGUCCUGCAAACUUUGUUUUUACCAACAAGAGAAUGUUGCUAGAGGGUAAGGCAAAGUUCCCUCAUGAGCCACUUAUUGAAGAAUUGGGGGUAUCAAAUGACAAGCUACGUGAUCGGCCAAUCACAAAAGAGCAUGACCUAGAAUGCCUUUCCAAGGUGCUUAAGUGGGUGGACAGGAUCUCAUUGGGCCAGUGAUGGAGAUGUGAUGCUAAUGACCUUCCAUCACCAUCACCAUCCCUUAUCCACCUUAACUGUCAGAGUACCACCCCUACCCAGUUCAUUCAAUUCUGACUUACUCCUACUUCUUUUCCAUCCUUUGAUAUUCUCUCACCUGUGACCUCCACUUUUAUGUCAUUGCUUGUAUGUCAAACACCUGUGCCUGGCAGCAGAGUGAAUCAAAAACAAGGGCCUGGGAAAUGGGACCAAU